AAUGAACAGCUGCACAUAAACUAUAUACAAAAAGGAAUGAAAUGAAGAGGAGUGGGAGACUAACGUUUAAUUCAAGAUAAAGAAAGAAAGGUAAUCGCGUUUCCAAAAGCCAAAAAAGAAAGAAAGGUAAUCGCACCACGACGGCGGCGACGUGACGGUCAUUUAACGGAAAAUACCAGACAAAUCAGCCUCCAGAUCAAGUCUUCAAGGGCACAACUCUGAAAAAUCGAGACUACCUACCGCUGAGCCCCGACCAACCGUUGAUGGAGGCAAUCAGGAAGCUCAGAGAUCAGGUCGCCAAGCAACAGCAGGCUGUGUUCAAACAAUUUUCUGGUGGCAUAUAUGGGGGAUCGGAUAAUGUUGCCUCGGAUGAAAAUGAAUUUCAACAGCAUCAGAAACUCGAGAAGCUGUACAUAUCAACUCGUGCUGCCAAGCAUUACCAAAAGGAAAUUGUCCGCGGAGUGGAAGGUUACAUUGUGGCCGGUUCAAAGCACGUUGAAAUAGGUACCAAGCUUUCUGAAGAUAGCAGGAAAUAUGGUUCUGAAAAGACUUGCACCAGUGGUAACACACUGGCGAGAGCUGCACUGAGUUUUGGAAGAGCUCGGGCCCAAAUGGAAAGAGAGUGCGGAGUUCUACUUAAAGCCCUUGGCACACAGGUUGCAGAGCCUUUAAGAGCAAUGAUAGUGGGAGCGCCCUUGGAGGAUGCUAGACAUCUUGCUCAACGAUAUGCUAGAAUGCGGCAAGAAGCUGAAGCUCAGGCUAUAGAUGUUUCCAGAUGCCAAACCAAAGCACGGGAUUCUGCAGGUAAUGCUGAUAUUAUCAUGAAACUAGAAGCUGCUGAAGCCAAGCUUCAGGAGCUGCAGUCUAGCGUUGCAAUAUUGGGAAAAGAAGCUAGUGCAACUAUGGCUGCUGUUGAAGGUCAACAGCAAAGAUUGACUCUUCAGCGGCUUCUUGCAAUGUUUGAAGCAGAGCGCAACUAUCAUCAGAACAUUCUUCAGAUACUUGAUCAGCUUGAAGGCGAGAUUUUGUCAGAAAAGCAGCAAAUUGAAGCAUCGCAUAGUCCGCAUACAGAGGACACUAUGCCUCCACCACCAUCGUAUGAGGAUCUCAGCCGUAGCUUUGCUUCUGAAACCUAUGAUGAAUUGACAGGGUUGAGGGACUAUUUCUUAGGAGAGGUUAUGUACACCUUCCAUGCUGUAACUGAUGUGGUGUUAAGUUUGUCAUUCGGGGAUUACGUUGUCGUCCGGAAGGUUCUGUCGUCUUUCCUGCUUGCAUGCUUUCAUCUUAUAUUCAUGUUCGGAUUUAUUUCUUUCGUAUUGAGGUUAAAUUUUCAUGUUCAGAGACGUCCACUCAGGUAUGUUCGUCAAUGCAUAUGCAUUAGCACACCACCGAGUGCAUUAGAAUAUGGAUUUCAGUUUUGGGUGCUGCAUGCAUUAAAGUAGUUUGUGUGGUUUUGGUUUUUGCUGCCGCUGAGAGCAUGAGUGGUUUUCUGUAGUUGCUGAGAGUUAUAUUGUGAGCAGAAUUCAUACAGCAGCUUUCAUAUACGGCACAUGUAGUCGGCAGCACUGCAUUUAGAAAGAGAAAGUUAUAUUUUCUUCACUGUUUAUUCAAAACUUAUAUGUUGCAUGUUCUGGCUUUUAAAGUGAGUCGGCAUAAGAGUCUUUAUUUGAGAAAAAUCAGUUUUGUGUCCAUGUGUUUUCAAAGAAAAUAUUUUAGUUUUUAAUCACUGAUUUUUCAUUGUGCUUCAAUUAGAAAUCAAUUAUGAAUGUGCCUUGUGAUUUUUGUAAUUGGUUGAUUUCAAAAAAUCAUUACAUUUCAUACAUUCUGCAUGAUCACGUUAAUAUCUUCAAAGUUUGAGGAGAUAGUGAUUGACGGCCACGUUAGUGUCCUGCCACUUCCACUUGAAGGCUGAAGAGAGAUUGAGUAGCAAAGCGCAGUGAAAAAAUUGCCUACUAGUAUGUGGGUCUAGUUGAUGAGUUUUGUAAGUCUUUUUGUACUCAUUUUUCUUAUUGUUUGUCCUGAUUUAAGAGUCUGAGAAUUUUCUCAGUGGUGAGUUUUAUCUUGUUAAAUCCUACAUCAUGUGUACACAUGUUAUUUGUCAUUUUAAUUACAAAUGUGUAGGAUAAUAUUUCACUUAUUUUCUUGCAGUGAACUCUAUCUUAGACAUUCAUCAACAUAUAGAGUUUAUGACAUAGGACUUUGCUACUA